AUGGCAGAUAUGACGGUAUGCGCGCGAUGCGGGGCGAGGGUGACGACGACGAACAUGGAGCUACACAUGUUGCGAUGUCCAGGGCCACGUAGGGGAGCUGGGUGCCAGACAGGGUUGUCUGCACAUGCUACAAACAGUAGAGGAGACGCAGAAAUGUACAACGAGGAGGAGUGCCUGCGGCAGGCGCUGGACCUCUCCAUGCACGAUGCACAUCAGCCAUCGGCAUCGGAGUACCAGUUCCAGUAUGAGUUUGACCAUGGCGAUUGGAGGGCUUUUGAUUCGCCGCAGAACGCGAUCCUAGAGGAGGCGAUGAGCAGCGGACUUCCCGGAGCACACAUUCAAAUCGGUCACAACAUAUACGAGAUCAUCUUCCAAGACGGCAUCCAGCGGAACAUGCAGAGCGGGACAGUCCGUCGGGCGUCCGCUGGGAUCAGCACGGUGGCUUCCGGUCGCCGAGGGGGAGGGGGAGGAGACGCGUCACCAAGCGCAAUGUCAUGCAUGCACAGUGAGCUGCGUCCUCCUCCCCCCUCGCCCUCCGCUGACGAUGAUCCUUGA